UCUCGAAUCUCGCGUGGUGAUCAGUGGCGGUGCCGGCGCAAGGUACAAGGUUAUCUGAGAUUAUCACACGUUCGUUCCCGCAUUCGGCAAUCGACAUUCGCCUUCCGCGCACCGGCUCGAGCAUAACGCACCUUCGCAUCAUGUCUGGCAAGCCUCCGUACAAAAUCGCUGACCUCUCCUUGGCGGAAUGGGGUCGUAAAGAAAUUACUCUGGCAGAAAACGAGAUGCCAGGGCUUAUGGCAAUUAGGAAGAAAUAUGGACCAUCGAAGGUAUUGAAGGGUGCAAAGAUUGCCGGUUGUCUUCAUAUGACUGUACAAACUGCAGUGCUGAUCGAAACCCUGGUGGAGCUCGGUGCAGAGGUGCAAUGGUCAUCUUGUAACAUAUUCAGCACGCAAGAUCACGCGGCGGCGGCGAUAGCAAAGACUGGAGUGCCAGUGUACGCGUGGAAGGGCGAAACCGACGAGGAAUACAUUUGGUGCAUCGAGCAGACCCUUGUGUUCCGAGAUGGUAAACCGUUUAAUUUGAUCCUCGAUGAUGGCGGCGACCUCACCAACCUCGUGCAUACCAAAUAUCCUCAAUAUCUCAAGGAAUGUCGCGGCAUAUCCGAGGAGACCACCACUGGAGUACAUAAUCUCUACCGUAUGAUGAAAGAGGGUACACUCAAAGUGCCAGCGAUAAACGUCAACGAUUCCGUCACGAAGAGUAAAUUCGACAAUUUAUAUGGAUGCAGGGAAUCCCUGAUAGAUGGUAUCAAGAGAGCGACCGAUAUCAUGAUCGCUGGUAAAGUAUGCGUAGUAGCCGGAUAUGGAGACGUGGGUAAAGGAUGCGCGCAAAGUCUCAGAGCCCUCGGGGGUCGCGUUAUCAUCACAGAGAUCGAUCCCAUCAAUGCGCUUCAAGCAGCUAUGGAAGGAUACGAGGUAACGACGAUGGAAGAGGCGAGCACGAAGGGUCAGAUAUAUGUAACUACUACGGGAUGCAAGGACAUCAUCGUAGACCGGCACUUUAUGAAUAUGCCGAAUGACGCUAUCGUCAGUAACAUAGGACACUUUGAUUGUGAAAUAGACGUCGCGUGGCUGGAGAAAAACGCUGAGAAGACCAAUAUAAAACCUCAAGUGGACAGAUACCUAUUGAAGAACGGCAGGCACAUUAUUCUUCUCGCGGAGGGUCGUUUGGUAAAUUUGGGUUGCGCAAGGGGCCACCCGAGCUUUGUCAUGAGCAACUCAUUUACGAAUCAAGUACUCGCGCAAAUCGAACUCUGGACACAAUCAGACAAGUAUAAGAUUGGUGUAUAUAUGUUGCCUAAGAAACUGGACGAAGAAGUCGCGGCGUUACAUCUAAAUCACUUGGGUGUAAAAUUAACGACUCUCACGUCAGAACAAGCCAAGUAUUUGGAUUUGCCUGUGGAAGGACCUUACAAGGCCGAUUAUUAUCGAUACUAAUUUGAGGUGUAAAAAUUUGCAAUAAGUCAGUUAAAUUGUUCUUAUUGUAAUUAUGCAAUUGUUUUAUAGCAUUUAAUUAAAAAAAGUUUUUUAAUUUU